UGGUUUACAGGGCAGCAGGAUCUUGAGUUUGAUUAGCGUAUUUAGGUGUAGGAUAGGCGCUAUAAUUAGGUGAAUUAUUUUACGCUCUUAGUUAGAAAAACGCUAGAGUGAUACACGAACGCUCCAAUUCGUUAUUCAAAGACAUUAGAAAUGCGUUCUUAUUUUUAGCACAUUGCCAAUUGGCAUUAAACGAUUGGCUCCCCAGUAGUUAUGCUAUUUUACCUGUUGACUUCAAAAAAAGUAUUAAUCAAAAAUAAUAAAGCAGAGAUUUUUUUUUCUUCAAGUUUAAAGCACUAUGAAGUAAUUCUCGAUUAUAAGCCGAUUUAAUUUAAAUUUUGAAAUUCGACCUCUAAUUUGCAAAAGCAGCAUUUUUUAAUUUGAGAAUCCUUGGUGAAACUUUUCAACCACUUCAAGGGUUUACGUGAAACGUUUCAAUGCAGCGCUGCAGGCGAACGUCAGUCGAAAGAAUUGGCACAAAUAAACAAACAAACAUACGCCUGCUGCCUGUAGUGGACUAACGCCGAUUUUUUGUAAUCGGCAAAGCGGCACACAAUGAGGGAAAAAUGUCGUUUAUGUUUAAAGAAAAUAGGUGCCAGAAAGGGAGCGUCCAUCACCGACGACGAAUUCGGCGCCAUGCUGAGCCGUGUGUUCACCUUCCCGGUUGCCGUUACCGAAUCCGUUUUGCUGGUAAAUGUUUGUGCCAAAUGUGCGUUGACGGUGCGAAACUUUAACGCCUUUAGUGAAGAGGUCGAGGCAAAUCAGAACGUUUUGUUAAGCGAGUUAAUGGUGGAACAGAAAGGUAGGGAAUUAGAUGAUGAAAAGGUAGAGCAUACUCAAGUAAUCUCAUCACGAGAGCCAACUGUGGAGCCAAAAGGACGGGAAGUGGAAGAUGUUGAACAUGGCCAUUCACUGACAAAGCCUGUCCUAGAUCAAGAAUCUGCAACAAAUGAAAAAAAGCCCGUGGAAAAGCUCGCUGAUGAUGAUGGUGGGACCGCUAGUAUGCUGCCAAUAGAGGAUAUGGAAGUGCUGCUAAAAGAACAGCUGGAUGAUGACUUUUCCUCGGACGACAACAACAGCACAACGCACACCGAUGACAAACCCCCAAACAAUCGCAGCAAAAAGCCCGACCUGCACGAGAACGAUCGCAUCAUUAUGGAGUUUUUCGAGAUGCGCUGCGAGCUCUGCCCGAAACAGGCCGAACAAAGCUUCGAUCGGUUCUACACGCUGCAGCGGCACUAUCGCGUGGCGCACCAGUGUCGUGGAUUUUUGCGCUGCUGCGGCAGAAAGCUUUACCGUCGGUUUCGCGUCAUGGAACACAUCCAGUCACAUCGCGGCACGAUCCGGUGCGAGAUUUGCGACAAGCCGUUCAAAAGCAAGAGCUACCUAAUGCGCCACAAUGCCGAGCAGCACGUGGCCGACGGACCGUCCUUCGCCUGCCAGCACUGUGAGCGAACGUUUCACACCCAGCGGCAGCUGAAUCAGCACCUGCCCGCACACGAAACGACGGUGUGCAAGAUCUGCGGCAAAACGGUGAACGUCCGGUACCUGAAGCAGCAUACCGCACUGAUACACGGCACGGUACGCCAGGGCUACAUGUGCGAUCUGUGCGGGAAGAACUUUUCCAGCAGCUUGGCGCUGGAUCGGCACAUCAAGCAGCACCAGGGCAUCGAGACGAUAGAGAAGCUGGACUGUCCGCACUGUGGCAAGCGGCUGAACGGGAAGUACAACCUGCAGAAGCACGUGCGCUGCAUGCAUGUGGAGGCGGGCAAGAGCUACCGGUGCGAGGUGUGCGGCCACUUCAGCCCGAACAGUGUGGCGCUGGAGAACCAUAAAAAGCGGGUGCACACGGGCGAACACUUUGAGUGUGGGGAGUGUGGCAAGCGGUUCAAGCAGAAGAUUUACCUGACGGAGCACGUGGCGGCGCUGCACACGCGCAAACCGCUGUACGCGUGCGAGUUUUGCGAGGCUACGUUCAAGUCGAGGGCGAACUACUACACGCACCGGAAGACCCGGCACCGGGCAGAAUGGGAAGCGCUCAGGGAGGAGAGGAAACUAGGGGAGAGCAAGAGAUUGUUUGUCGCGGCGGAUGUGAUCACUGGAGUCGUCUAGGGAAUAGUUUGUUUUUAGAGAUGUGUACGAGGUUUUGCUUUGUUCGUAAUUACGAAAAGAUUAAAUUAUUUUAAUGCAACUCGACCCAUUAGAUAUUAAAUUGAAUAUUUGCAAAAGCACGCAAA